CCUUUUCGACCGCGCGGCAGCGAGAACAUGCAGCCCCUUUCUCACCAGCGGCACAAGAUGAUGAUGGCAACCGGCGGCGGCGCCCUGGCUGCUCCUACGGCUGGGCUCAAGGGCCCUGCCAAACGGGCUGCCUUUGGCGACGUGACGAACGUGUCCAAGGUGCUGGGAGCACGUGGCGACGAGGCCAGGGGCACCAAAAAGGCGGCCAUCGUGUCUACGAAUCUCGCCCCCGUAUCCAUCCUGAACAAGGAAAACGCAAUGAAGCCCGGCAAAGUCGACCUGUCUCGGCCUGCACAGCGACCCACAGGCCUGACAGCAAACAAGCCCAAGGCGUCGACGACCGAAGCCCGUGCAGAGCCUCUGCAGAAGAAGCCCGCAAACAACAACUCGACGUCUCGCGCUGCCCCCGAGGCGCACUCCCUGCAACCUCGUCACCACAAAAGCCAGCCGCAGCUCAAGCAGCAACAGCCAACACUACGACGAACGCAGAGCAAGAUGGAAAAGUUCGACGGCGCCUCCAAUAAGCCGACGCUCGUUACGGCCGAUGUCGAGCCUCUGGCGUUGCCGCCUCUUGUGGAGGAUUUUUUAACCGGCGACGAAUCGUAUCUGGACUCGCUGGAGUCGCUCACCUUCCCGUCCGAGGAGCCCUCGUGUGCGGACGACGUGAAUCACGGUGAUGGCUAUGCCGAGAUUGUGCCCAGGCUUUCAAACGCCUCCGAGGAGCCCGCCGUCGCCGUCAACGUUGAGCCUUACAAGGAAAACGCCACACUCGCACUCUCCGAGGUCGAAGAAUACUGGGAAGAAGAGGACGACGAGUAUGACGACCAAGACCAGGGGUACACAACCGCCCACUCGACUCGUUCCCGCGACAUGACACUGGCCAACGCCACGGCGAUCAUCGCCCCACGAGUGUCCAGCCGUGUGCAGCGUGAACUGGACGAGGCUAGAAUCGAAGUGGAGCAGACCAUCACCCCCGAGGAAAUCGACGAGGAGAUGUGGGAUGUCAGCAUGGUUGCCGAGUACGGCGAGGAGAUUUUUGAGUAUAUGAGAGAAUUGGAGAUUAAGAUGCUACCUAACCCUUAUUAUAUGGAGAUGCAGUCCGAGAUCCAGUGGUCCAUGCGGACCGUCCUGAUGGAUUGGCUGGUGCAGGUGCACCACCGCUUCAACCUCUUGCCCGAGACCCUUUUCCUGACCGUCAACUACAUUGAUCGGUUCCUCUCUUGCAAGAUUGUUUCCAUUGGAAAGCUGCAGCUGGUGGGGGCUACGGCCAUCUUGGUCGCGUCCAAGUAUGAGGAAAUCAACUGCCCCUCGCUGGACGAGAUUGUCUACAUGGUGGACGGCGGCUACACAACAGAGGAUAUCCUCAAGGCGGAGCGCUUCAUGCUCAGCAUGCUGGGGUUCGAGCUGGGAUGGCCCGGCCCCAUGAGUUUCUUGCGACGAGUCAGCAAGGCCGACGACUACGACCUCGACACUCGAACUUUGGCUAAAUACUUUUUGGAACUCACCAUUAUGGAUGAGCGCUUUGUGGCCUCGCCUCCGAGCUUCCUCGCGGCCGGCGCGCAUUGCCUCUCCAGACUCAUUCUGAACAAGGGCGAAUGGACCAAGCGGCACGUUCACUACUCGGGAUACACAUGGAGCCAGCUCAGAUCGCUGGUGACCAUGAUGAUUGAAUGUUGCGAAAACCCGCACAAGCAUCACGCCGCCGUUUUUGAAAAGUACCGAGAGAAGAGGUUCAAGGAGGUCUCAACUCAGGUCCAGCGUGCGCUCGACGCCGGCUUCACGCUCCCGCACCACACGAUGCCCGUUCGUCGCCUACAGCCUCGCCUCCCGAGUGCCACCGAACUGCAAUAUGGCAGUCUUCUCAUUCCCAUAGAAUCGUGA